AUGGCUAGAAGAGACACCUCCGAGCCCGAACAGGUUUCGUCAUCGCGGUCGUCCACUAAACACCGGAACCAGGUGCUCGCACAACAGCAGAAGGAGUUUCUGGCCAAGUACAUCCACUCAAAUGGUCCGCAGGACUUUCCAGUCAGGGACCCCCUAGAUUUCUCCAAUUGGACAGAGGAACAGCUACGCAAAUACAGAGAAUUAUAUCUAAAUCCUUCACAGAUCAUCACCCCUGAUGUGAAGACGCUCCAGGGCUACAUGCUGGAAGGCUCAGAGCUUGGAGAGUCGUCUGAGUCGUACGCAAAAAACGAGCUCAGCAGUGGCACCAACAUGUACGAAUACCGCAACAGAGACGACCUCCGACACGCUGUCGAGGACCAUUUCAACAACCAGCUCACCGUGAAGGAGAGCGACGUGAUAAUGGGUUUCAUCUACAGGGUCAAGAACGAGGACAAGAAGUUCAAAAUGUAUUUCGACAGACGAAACUAG